UCGGGGGCCCGGAGGGGGACUCAGAGCGGGCCAAGGGGCGGCUCCGGCGGGCGGACUCGGAGCGGGCGGCAGAGUGACCCGGACAGCUGUCCUCCCUGACACCACCCCGGCCUGCCUCUCCGUUGCCAUGAGAGCUGCCUACCUCUUCCUGCUCUUCUUGCCUGCAGGCUUGCUGGCUCAGGGCCAGUACGACCUGGACCCGCUGCCGCCGUUCCCUGACCACGUCCAGUACACCCACUAUAGCGACCAGAUCGACAACCCAGACUACUAUGAUUAUCAAGAGGUGACUCCUCGGCCCUCCGAGGAACAGUUCCAGUUCCAGUCCCAGCAGCAAGUCCAACAGGAAGUCAUCCCAGCCCCAACCCCAGAACCAGGAAAUGCAGAGGCGGAGCCCACAGAACCUGGGCCUCUUGACUGCCGUGAGGAACAGUACCCAUGCACCCGCCUCUACUCCAUACACAAGCCAUGCAAACAGUGCCUCAACGAGGUCUGCUUCUACAGCCUCCGCCGUGUGUACGUCAUUAACAGGGAGAUCUGUGUCCGUACGGUGUGUGCCCAUGAGGAGCUCCUCCGAGCUGACCUCUGUCGGGACAAGUUCUCCAAAUGUGGCGUGAUGGCUAGCAGCGGCCUGUGCCAAUCCGUGGCAGCCUCCUGUGCCAGGAGCUGUGGGGGCUGCUAGGGUGGUGCUGGCAUCCGGAGUUCUGGCCCUCCUGGGAUCUGGGGCCCUCGGGCCCUGCCUGACCUGGUGCUUUUUCCCCCAUCCCCAUGUUCCUUUUAUUCUGUAAAAAGUUAGCGGACUGCAGCCCUGGGGGUUGCAGGCUGCGGUGCCUCAGGCCACUCCUUCAGCCUGUGGCCACCUCUGGGGCAUGAUGGGGGCUCCCCACUGCCUAGUCUCUGCCCCUCAGGUUAGGGGGGCAUCCCAGGCCUCUCUGUGGGACCUUGGCCCCUGAUGGGCCUUCUCAGCCCCUUUUGAGGACAGACAGUCCCCCCUUCACAGUCCCCUGAGGUAGGCUACGUCCCCCACCCCAGCUGGUCUGCUUGGAUUUCCUACAGCCCCUCUGGGCAUGGACCCCCUUUAUUUUAUACAAAAUUAAAAACAAGUUUUUACAAAA